CAACCACCCAAGAGAAUCCUCCGCGAGCAAAGCAAGAUACAGUACAAAUAAAGUCUCCUAGCUUCUCCUCUCCUGUUCCUGAUAUUUCCGUUCGUUUCUGGAUAACAGACAUGAAAUCAAAGUCAUCUCAAAGGAUAUGGCACUCUUUAAUCCAUUCUACGGUCUAAUCUUACCAUUCCUAUUCAUCUUCACAAUACCUAUCGCGAUCCUUGCGAGCAUCACCACAGCUUGCGCUUUUUCCGUGCUCUUAUUCCGAGUUACGCUCGUUUACAUCGAGCUCGCCCUCGCAGUCAUACCUCACUGGCUGCUGGGUGGGGAAAUUACAGCAAAGCAGCUUCGAAGGACCAAGUCAUUAACAAAUACAUCCCCGGGACGCCGGAAGAGGCGGCGGGGCAGCACGAGCAGCAAUGCUUCUGCCACGGGCAUGCUCACACCAGUCUCGAGCGAUAAUGUGAUGGGAUUGAGUGCUGGGCCAACACGAGAUUAUGAAGGUGUUGGAGGAUGGCGAAUCGACAAUCCUUCCGACGACGAUGCUUUAUGGACGAAAAUCAACUCUCGACUUGAGCUUCCUGCAGACCAUGUCAGGCGGCAUCAUCGCUCGUUGACGUCGGGCAGCAUGCCUGGCGAAUCGACAGCGAAGGUGAACAGAAGCUAUAGUCCUGAGGCCAUCAUGAAUACCUCUAGAGCGAGAACCCCGCCUAGCUCUGCUAUUAUCGGGAGAGAUGAGGGGUAUUUCCCACAGAUUCCGAUUAGUUCGAAAACUUCGAAAAGGAACUCUUCUUCGACGGGUAGUACAACGAGUUCGAAGGGUUCUGGGUUGUGUAUAAAGCCGAUAUGAUGGUUAGCUAUGACUUUAUGAUGAUGACUGGGAAUAUGGGAGUUUGGCGUUCAGGUUUGGGAUCAUUGCCUUGUAUAUGGGGUGAAAGCAUGGUCUGUACAAUGAUCUGUUAUUCAACACAUACAAAUUCGUUCAACACUAUCCUAUCCGUGGUAUUCCUUCAAGUCACAAUACCUGCCAAAGACGCCAUCAACGCCGAAUUACCGCCCAAUUUGUGUGACCCCCUUCUACAAUUGCUGCCA